UGGCUGCUCAGUAACGCACUUCCGGCGGAAGUAAACAGAUUGUCUGGCCGGUGUUUCUAUGACACUGAGAGUCGCUCUGGCCGGUCUUCUCUGUGUUCCGGAAUCCCGGAAGCGAGUGUAAGGCGGAAUGGCGGAGAGUCCUGCGGCUGAAGCGAUUAUUCUCCCGGGAGCGGUGGGCGGAGGAGUGGUGACACAUCUGAGCGCUCUGCAGCCUCCGGGGACCUCUCACCUGGCCGCCUCCUCGGUGUGGGACCCGACCGCCAGCGCCGACUGGGACAACGAGAGGGCGUCCGCUCAGUGUGUGCUCCGGAUCAAACGGGAUAUCAUGUCCAUCUACAAGGAACCUCCUCCUGGGAUGUUUGUGGUGCCUGACCCACAUGACAUGACAAAGAUCCAUGCACUCAUAACUGGUCCAUUUGACACCCCGUAUGAAGGAGGGUUCUUCUUAUUCUUGUUCCGAUGUCCUCCAGAUUACCCGAUUCAUCCACCGCGAGUAAAACUGAUGACAACGGGCAACAGCACUGUGAGGUUUAACCCAAACUUUUACCGAAAUGGCAAAGUCUGCCUUAGUAUCCUUGGUACAUGGACAGGACCUGCAUGGAGUCCAGCUCAGAGCCUGUCUUCAGUACUCAUCUCUAUCCAGUCCCUGAUGACCGAGAAUCCUUAUCACAAUGAACCUGGCUUUGAACAGGAGAGACACUCGGGAGACAGCAAGAACUACAAUGAGUGCAUUCGUCACGAGACCAUCAGGGUGGCAGUAUGUGACAUGCUGGAGGGCAAGUGCCAGUGUCCAGAGGCCUUACGGACUGUCAUGGAGAAAUCGUUUUUGGAAUAUUAUGAUUUUUACGAAGCAGUUUGCAAGGACAGAUUUCAUCUACAAGGACAGAGCAUGCAGGAUCCAUUCGGCGAGAAGCGAGGGCACUUUGAUUACCAGACUCUGCUCAACCGCUUGCAGCUUAUCCAGCAAAGAGUUCGGGAGAAACACCGGUGUGAGACUGUGGAUAUAGACUCAGAAUCCAGCUCUUCUGAAACAGAAAUGGACACCCAGGGGAGCUCAAACCCCUAACCUACGGGAACGUAACCUGUAGAAUGCAAGUCGCAUAACCGUAGCCAAUUCCCUAAGGAUUACACGGACAAUAAAAAGACUUUGUUGUAAACAAAGCCCCGAUUUUGCUUCUGGCUGCUGUUUGGGGGCAGAGUCGGUCCAUCUCUCUGCUCGUCCUUAGGGGGACGAUGGCCUGUAACCAUCCUAUAGACAAGAGGCUGGGGGCUUGGACUAAUGGAGCCUGGAUCGAAACACGAAGGCGGCGCACUUUCAUGGAUUCAAUCCUUUUUCUUCGUGAAAUGGUCAUUUAGUGGCCCAGACAAGCCAAAGAGUUUUAUCGCAAGCAAAUUGAGCCUUCCCCAGCCACGGGAUUAACCAGUUGCCAUUUUUAGCUCCAGACAGGAUUAUGCAUCCCCCCCCCCCCCCCCCUCUACAAUUUCUCCCCCAGAGAAGUGCACUCUGUCUAAUCUAAUGGGCAUUGUCCAUUUCCCCGUUAUAUAUAUUUGGUACUGGGAUAAAUCAAGGCUUCAAUGUAUUUUUUUUUUGUAAUUUUUGUGAUGGUUGUAAAUUUGGAUGAGAAAAAUGUAUACAUUUCUUAUUUUACUAAAAUUGUAUCCUACAGACAGAAUUCAGGGACACGGAAAAGGUCCAAUCAAUCCGUUUUCUUAACUAGUGAAUGAAAUCGGCAGAUGCCAGCUAAAGGAGUACAAUAGUUUGAGCCAUAAAGCAAAAGGCCUUAAUAAGGGCAUAUGGGUGUGUGACUGUUUAUGAGUAUUGGGUUAGUGUACGGGACAAGCGCAAUUAACUAGGCUCUUUUAUACAAAAACUGCAACAUAUCAACUUCUCCCUUUUUAUUUCAGGUCCGAUAUUCUAAUUUGUAGUUUUGAAAUUUGCAAAGUUUAGAUAAGUUGUAAAAUUGAAAAUGUAAAGUAGUUCUAAAGUCUAAA